AUGAUCUCUGAUGACCUCCGGACAGAGCCGUGCAGUCACGAGGGCUUGGACUUCUGGGACGGGGAGCGGCCGGCCCGGGGCGUUCGAGGCGUUUAUUCCACCGACUUGCUGAGGAGAAGGGCGGUGGAGAUCAUCGAGGGGCACGACCCGUCCAGACCGCUCUUCCUUUACCUGGCCUUUCAGUCGCCCCACGCGCCGCUUCAAGCGCCGGAGGAGUACGUGGAGAGGUAUUCGUACGUCGAGGAUCCGAACCGGAGGAAGUACCUGGGGAUGGUCACGGCGAUGGACGAUGCCGUCGGCUCCGUCGUGGAUUCCUUGAAGAAGGCUGGCCUCUGGAACGACACCGUCUUCGUCUUCACCACGGACAAUGGGGGUCAGCCCCUGAGAGGCGGAAAUAACUUCCCGUUGCGAGGGGCCAAGAACACUCUUUGGGAAGGUGGCACCCGAGCAGUUGCCUUCGUCUCGUCCGUACUCAUCCCCAAGAGCUACGUGAAUCGACGAUUGAUUCAUGCCGUGGACUGGUUCCCAACUCUGGUCCAUUUGGCAGGAGGAGAUUCCAACGGUUCCUCUAUAGAUGGGGUCAACCAAUGGGAAGCUAUAGCACACAACAAAGCGGCGAUUCGCAAGGAGUUCGUCUAUAAUCUUCGCAUGGAAGGAGACCUUCUCUCGGGUGCCAUCAGGGUGGGGAUUCACAAGCUGAUCCUGGGAGACCCCGGAAAGCCCGACAACUGGAUCCCUCCUCCGAGACGCAAAUAUAGAAAACUACCCAGGACUGCCAUCACAAAGAUUCUCAACUCUCCUGCCAUUCUGAUGAGAUUUGUGCAACAGUGCUGCACCAUUCCU